AUGGACGGCCCACACAAUCUCACCAUCACCAUUUGUGGUGAUGGCGGCACGGGUAAAUCGAGCAUCACGCUUCGCCUAGUCCGCUCCCAGUGGAUCAGCAACUACGAUCCAACUAUAGAAGACUCGUACAGCGUCACGCGGCAAAUUGAUGGCGAAGCCUAUCGGCUUGCCAUCACGGACACGGCCGGUCAAGAAGAAUAUCGCGAUAUGUGGACGGCAUCAAAUCUAAACAGCGACGCCUUCCUCCUCGUAUACGAUAUCACGCGACAUCAAAGUCUCGAUGCCUUGGAAGAAUUCAAUUCUCUCAUUGAUCAGGAAGGCCAAAAGCGCUCCAGUAGCCAGAAACCGGUUAAAAUUCUCGCUGCCAACAAGUGUGAUAGACCAGAAAAUCGUGAAGUCCUAACCCAGACAGGCCUAGAGUGGGCUAGAGCCCGUGGCUGCGGCUUUAUGGAGACAAGUGCCAAAGAUAUGCUCAAUAUUGAAAAGGUCUUCGAACUCGUCGUUCGCAAUGUCAUGGCGACGAGACGCUCUCAGAAAAUCGACCACCUAUAUGCCUGGAACCCCAAACAACGUGAGCGGAGUGGAAGUGAGUGUAGCCAGGACACUUCGACCUCCGACUUCAUACAGAAAGAAACUAUCUUCAAAACAAGUCGGUACCGCCUCGGAUGGCCAAAACGAGAUCUACAACAAAGCUCUGAUGUCUGUUCGAAGGCGAGGUCGGAAGGAGGUGCCCCACUUGUGAAGACUCGUCUGUAUCGCGCCUUGAAGGGUUGGAACGAGGAGAGAGCUACGAGUAUCGACGAAAAACAGAAGAAACACGAGAAACAUCGCUGGUGCUCACGAUUUGGCUGCGCUGUUUGA